AUGACCAAGUCUGAGACUAUCACCGUAGCAUCUGCUUCUCCAACAGGUGCAAACGUCCCGGGACCUAAGAGCGAGCAAAGAAUGAUCUCUGCCCAUUCGACCUUCAUCCCCUAUUCCACCACUCAACCUAACUUCGAUGCAGCAUGUCGUCUGCCCGGUGGUAUUCGCUCCCCAGACGAUCUCUGGGACUUCAUGAUCCAAAAGAAGUCAGCCUACGGACCUGUCCCAGCUGAUCGAUACAACAUCGACGGUUUCUACCAUCCCCAAAGCAACCGAAGCGGCGCAACAAAUGUCCCCGGAGGCUACUUCAUCGAUGAAGACGUUCGACAGUUUGACAAUGCCUUCUUUGACAUCAAUAACCUUGAGGCUACGUGCAUGGAUCCUCAGCAACGCAAGAUUCUCGAGGUCGUAUACGAGUGUCUUGCGAGCUCGGGCACUUCUAUGGAAACUUUAGCUGGCUCUAAUACCGGCGUCUAUGUGGCCAACUUCACAGUGGACUAUCAGCCUCUACAGCUGAGAGAUCCUGAUUAUCUGCAUAGAUAUGUGACGACUGAGUCAGGUGCUACUAUCAUGUCGAAUCGGAUUAGCCAUGUCUUCAAUCUUCAUGGACCUAGUCUGUCAGUAGAUACUGCCUGCUCUCCAUCUAUCUACGCCUUCCAUCAAGCCAUCAAAGCAAUCAAGGCGGGAGAUUGUGACAGCGCAAUCGUGGCCAGCGCCAAUCUGAUCUUAACACCUGAGCCUCAUAUUGCGGCUGCCAAGAGUGGAGUUCUCUCAUCCACAGGCAUGUGUCUUACCUUUGACGAGUCAGCCAACGGCUACGGUCGAGCGGAAGGCGUCAAUUCUAUUUACAUCAAGCGCCUAUCCUCUGCAGUCAAAGAUGGAAACCCUAUCCGUGCAGUGAUCAGGGGAAGUGCAUUGAAUGCGAACGGGAGGACGCCGGGAAUAUCGCUUCCAGAUAGCACUGAUUACGUUGAGUGCCAUGGUACUGGGACUGCUGUUGGUGAUCCUAUAGAGGUAGAGGCGAUCGGAAGAGUGUUUGACCGAGGCUCAGGCGGCAAACUUCUACUUGGAUCGGUCAAAAGAAAUGUCGGACACAGUGAAGCAGCGAGUGGCCUCACAUCCGUGCUCAAGGUUGUCAAAUCCUUCGAGAAGGGUCAGAUUCCUCCAACUCGGGGCAUCGUUAAUCUCAAUCCAAAACUGGUUCUUGCUGAGCGCAAUCUAAUGAUUGCGCAGGAUGCUCACGACUGGCCGCGGGAUCUUCGCCGUGCAAGCAUCAAUUCCUUCGGCUACGGCGGUGCAAAUGCCCAUAUCAUUCUUGAGUCAGCCGAGAGCUAUCUUGGUAAAGAACCCCUGAUUAGACCAUCCAUGAACAACAUGUCGACAACGAGACAGCAGCGAUCUGUAGUGCUGCCUCUAUCAGCUAGCUCACCGUUCUCUCUUCAAGCACUAGUCGAUGAUAUCUCCUCGAAGCUCCCACGGCUUGGUCAUGCAAACGAGAUUGAUUCGUUGGCUUAUACUCUUACCCAUGGCCGCGACCACCUCAGUCACAGAACCUUUAUUCUAGCAGAUCUUGAUAAGAGUGGCAAGCUCUUGCGAACAUUUCGAACGACAACCGGUGAAGAUGACUUCCCUAUGAUGAAGCCUCUGCCCAUUGGCUUUGUAUUUACAGGCCAGGGUGCCCAGUACCCAGGAAUUGCCAAAGAGUUACUCGCCAGCUCUGAGAAUUUCUGCUCAACGAUCCGCCACCUCGACUCUGUGCUUCAAGGGCUCGCCCCUGAAUACGCUCCAGACUGGACGCUGGAGGAGACCAUCUUAGACUCUGACACAAACGUGAUCAAUGAGGUUGAGCGAAGCCAGCCGGUCUGCACAGCCGUCCAAAUCGCACUUGUCGAACUACUUCGUAGCUGGGGUGUUCAGUGUAACGCAGUUGUCGGACAUUCCUCUGGCGAGAUAGCGGCAGUUUACUGUGCCGGCCUGAUCAGUACCCCGCAAGCAAUCUCGGUAGCUUACUUCCGCGGGUAUGCUGCAGGAAGGAUGAUCGCCAGAGGCACUAUGAUGGCAGUUGGGCUGAGUGAUGAAGCUGCUGAGCUGUUGAUCGAGAGCAAAGGACUCAAAGAUCAGAUCCGCGUGGCAUGCGUUGACGCCCCCGAGAGUGUCGCGUUGAGUGGUUCAGAUGAAAGAAUCCAAGUACUCAAAGGGGCCCUGGAGAGUGACAACAAGUUUUGUCGUCUGUUGCAAACAGGCGGCCGCGCUUACCAUUCCUCCAUGAUGGAGGAAGUGGGUAGUUUAUACGAAGAGUUGCUUACCCCCCUUUUCACUGGGAAGGAUGCUAGGAAUGGCACUGCUUGUCGCCGUUCAGGUGAAGUCACAAUGUACUCAUCCGUGGGCUGCAGCCACGAAAGCCUGAGUAUCUUGGACGAGGGCACGGAUAUGCCAGCGUACUGGAGACGGAACUUGGAGCAACCCGUUCAGUUCAACUUCGCCCUCUCAAAUCUGAUCUCAGGCCAAGGCAAUGUCCAUCUCAUCGAGAUUGGUCCACACUCAGCCCUCGAAGGGCCGAUAAAGCAGAUCCGAAAACAUCUUGGACUUACUGAAACAGCACUCCCCUAUGCUUCAGCUCUAGUCAGAAAGAAAGAUGCCGACCAAUGUGUCAAGAUACUUGCUGGAAAGCUCUUUUCCCACGGCCAUUCUGUGAACUGGGAUGCUGUCAACAAUCUGCCCAGCAAUGGCUUAAGGAUUAUUCAUGAAAUAGCGCCUUACCCUUGGGACUACACGCGUAAUCAAGGUGUACUCUGGAAUGAGCCACGAGCCAGCUACGAGAUGAGGAACAGAAAGUAUCUGCGCCAUGAGCUACUUGGAACGAGCGUUUUAACAGGCAAUGAUAUCGACUACACGUGGCGAAAUCUACUGCGUCUUGGCGAAAUACCCUGGUUGAAGGACCAUUGUCUAGAAGAUCAAAUCGUCUUCCCUGCCACGGGAUAUAUGGCCAUGGCUAUCGAGGCUCUUUCUCAGAUCCUUAACGCGAAGGAGAAACCAGCGGAAGAUAUCUCUUUUGAGUUCCACAACGUCAAUAUCACGGGCCGCGCUGCAGAUCCCUAG